AUGUAUUACGAGACUGCAAUAUCUAUUUGGCGUAAUUGUGGUCGAACAAUUAUAUCUGAGGGUAGAAAUCAACGUGAUUUAAAUUUAUGGCGAGCUUAUGCAAGAGGUUUUUGGCAAAUUAGUCAAGAUUUACUCGCUACUGCUACAAGUCAAGAUGCUGAAAUUCCAAUUCAAGAGUCAAGGCGUAUAUUUGAUUCUGCUUUAAGCAUGUAUCCAAUACUUGAAGACUUUGAACCGUCAAUGGACAAUAUGCCUAAACUGAUAGAAUUUUAUCAGACUAUAUAUACUCCUAGAUUGAAAUUGAUACAGACUGCAAUAUCUAUUUGGCGUAAUUGUGGUCGAACAAUUAUAUCUGAGGGUAGAAAUCAACGUGAUUUAAAUUUAUGGCGAGCUUAUGCAAGAGGUUUUUGGCAAAUUAGUCAAGAUUUACUCGCUACUGCUACAAGUCAAGAUGCUGAAAUUCCAAUUCAAGAGUCAAGGCGUAUAUUUGAUUCUGCUUUAAGCAUGUAUCCAAUACUUGAAGACUUUGAACCGUCAAUGGACAAUAUGCCUAAACUGAUAGAAUUUUAUCAGACUAUAUAUACUCCUAGAUUGAAAUUGAUACAGGAUUAUAUCGAUUUAGAAUUGAAUGUAUGCCCUGGAACAGGUAGUUAUCGAAAAGGAUUCAAUGAAGAGAAUCGUGUAUUAUAUUUACUAACAUACAUGGCAAUUGGUGGUACUUAUACACCAUACACUCAAGGAUCGAAUAAAAUUACACCAUGUGUUAUAUGUUUAAUUGCUGGUGUAUCUUGUGAAUAUGGUCAAGAAAGAACAUCGAUUAGUGACCAACGAGUACGUAAUGCAUUUGAGAAAGCUGUGCAAACUAGUCCAUUUAUUACGCCUAUUCUAUCUCCUGAAGGAGGUUUAAUUCAUGUGGCUUUAGCUGCUAGUACACCAUCAUUUUGGUCUGCACAUUUACGAUUAGUUAUAUGGAGAGCUUAUAUGGCAUUCGGUUGGAUGGCUGGUCCACCACACAUAUCAAAUCCAUCUUCUUCCGUUGCUGCUUCAGUCAUUACAAAUAAUUUAGAUCCUCGUCAACGUCGUCAAGCUGUGAAGGCUGUGUUUUAUCGUGCUAUUGAAGAUGUUCCAUGGGCCAAAGUUCUUUAUACAGAUCUAGUACGUUAUUGUCCAGAGGAUGUUGAAGAAGUAGUUGAACGUGAACGUGAAUUACGACUAAGAACACCAUUAGAAGAAGUUGAUUUAUUGUUGACUUCUAAACCUCAUGAUUAAACUUUACAUCAUAACUUGUAAUCAGUAAUAAUUAUCCAGUAAAUAAACUAAACAUAUGAUAAUUAACUUUUGUACAGUUUUUCUUCCUUCUUCUUCUGCUUCACUUUUUUGUUGAUGUUUAUGUAUGAAGAAGUAUUUCUCUAAUACUAUUGUUCCGUUCCUAUGUCAUUUCAAUUUUCUUAAUAAG